CUCUCUCUCUUUUUCUCCCUCUCUUUCUCUUCGUCACCCCGGAUUGUCAGCAUUUUUACUUCCUUUUAUCUAACUGCCGUGACUUGGCUUUAACGCAGAGUCAGUUCGAUCAGCCGAUAACUAUUAAAUCAUGGAGUUUCUUCAGAAACUGCUGACGGGUUUCAAACUUGACUUGGGACCAUUAAAAGAGCCGCUUGGAUUUAUUCGCCUUCUGGAGUGGCUCUUCUCCAUCUUCGCCUUCGCCACUACUGGCGGAUACGUGGGGUCCCUGGCCAUGAUGCUCAACUGUCCAGAUAAAACUAAACAAGAAAUUACCGCACAUUUCGGCUAUCCGUUCAGACUUCCAAGUCAACCAUUUAACAUCCCGAGCUGCAAUUCCAGCCAACCCGCCAACGUCACCUAUCUGAGGGGUGACUUCUCGUCCUCCGCCGAGUUCUUUGUGUCUGUGGGCGUCUUUGGGUUCCUGUACUGCACCUUCACCCUCAUUCUGUACCUGGGCUACCAGCACAUCUACAGGGAAACCACCCGAGGACCCAUUGUUGAUCUGGUUUUGACUGGGAUCUUUGCGUUCCUGUGGCUGGUCUCGUCCUCUGCGUGGGGAAAAGGACUGACUGACGUGAAAUAUGCCACCAACCCCGAUACGUUGCUCGAUUACUGCAGUCCAAAGUGUGAGACCAUGCUCCACCCUGCCAUGGGACGCCUUAAUUCCUCUGUGGUCUUUGGCUUCCUCAAUCUCAUCCUGUGGGCAGGAAACUGUUGGUUCAUCUAUAAGGAGACUCCGUUCCACAAGCCUGCUCAGCCUUCCAACAUGGAGCAGGGAGGCAGCUCCUAAUCUUGAUAUUCAGACUCCACCCACUUCAUUCAGGCCAAUCAGAAAUUAGAGUAAGCCACUGCGGGUUCACGCGGACUCGUCCUAAAGUAAAGUAAAGUCUGAUACAGGUGCUCCGGGCCGGCUGCUGUUUUCCUUACGCAGAACGUUCAUUCGGACUGUUCGGCUUUGGGUUUAAGCAGAAAGUGUCCGCUUCUGUCGCGUUGCCUGGUGCAGGUGUUAUCUACGUCCCAUAAAUUGUUUUGUGUCGUUACUAAUCGUUUCUCGUUCCACUUGUAUACAGUUGAGUGCAAAAAAUAUAUAUAUAUUUUUGUCUACACGUUCCUUCAUCCCAUAAAUAACAAACGGUAUGUUUGGAUAUUAUUAGUGAAAAAAAUAUCGAGUAUAAAAAUUAGUAAAAAAAAAAGUUUUUCUUUAAUUGUGAUAUAAACAGACAUUCUCUAAUAACUCUGUUUAAGUAUGUUCAUCCUGUAGCUUUAACAAACCUUUAAUAAAGUCUAAGGAGCCUUUUUUCUAUUCACUUAUCCUGAGGUGCCAAUAUUUAGCCAUAUUUACAAUAUUUCAUCUUUUCAUCAAGUCGGGUGUGGUCGGUGUAAUUAGUGCCUUUUCGUGACGCACUAACUCUUUCGUAUGUUUGGAUACUUCGUGUCAUCGGUGUUGGCAUCUCUGUAUCUCCAUUCGAUCUCAGCCAAAUCUCUGGGUGAAUCUUUACUUGUUUUUCUUUUCAAAAAUGAGUUUUAGUUCGGUCUCAAGUUUGAGAGGAUCUUCACAAAACUAAUUUAAUUCGAUUUGGGUCUGUUUCGGGUUGUGUUUCGAUUGUAUUUUAUAAAUGAUGGGGAGUGCAAACUUUUGCACUCAACUGUAUUGCACUUAGAUUAUAGAUAAACAUGCGUUUAUCACACACACACACACAAAUACAUAAUAUUUACAUACACAUAAGCCAACGAUGGACUUGUGUUUCAUGUAUAAACCACUUUUUUUUUCUUCUUCUUCUUCUUCACAUUUGACAAAAUUUGCUCUUUUCUUUUUGUACCAGCUUCAUGAUUUAGAAACUCGCACACUAAACAAAACGUGCCUUCCGUAUAUAUACGUGCACUCAGACGUUAUACACUUCAUCAUAUUCUGGAUGGUUUUUGGACUGUAUCUAUUUUAGAUCUACACAAAGUGCCUCAAUUGAUGGAUCCAUUGUCCCUCUGGGGCUUUAAAUAAGAAUUUGAGGUUAUGAUACAGAGACAAGUCUCCGGCUCUUCGUACACUUUCCUGCUGCGUUGUGUUCACUGUAUUUAAGCUGUAAGCGUUUUAUGGUGUGAUGCCGAAAGAUCAAUGACUUCGGGCUAAAUGAUUGUUCUGAAGGGAAAAAAACCAGAACCAUUUAACACUAAUUUCCUUUUUUUUUUUUUUUUUUUUUUUUGUUAAAUGCUUGUUCCUGUUGAUUAAUCUCAGGAACACGAUCGUACGUUUUCCUACGUAGUUACCGUCGAGCAGUCGGAAUCUUGUUCAUGCUUUCAGUGUGCACGUUUCGUACAUUUUAUAUGAUCUUACGUGAUACGAAAAUCUCAAAUCUUUUUCGUAGGUCACGCCUCUCAAACAUAGAAACGCUUGAGAGCAGGCAUGCGCUGAUUUAUAAUCUGCUCAUAACAAUAACAGCCUUGAUUCUUUUGAUGAUGUUAUAUUUGACCUGAUGUUAUGAUCAGAGUUACAGUAAAAAAAAAAAGAAUUGCAAGAAAACACUGGGGUCGUGACGAUCAUUUUACACUGGUGUGAUAUGUUGCAGAUUUACUGGCGCAUGCCUCUUUGUGUCAUCAUGAGAUCAUUUACGGUCUUGUAAUUGUUGUUAUGAUACCAUCAAUGGGGAAUAACAUGAUUUACACAUCACACUUUCAUUUCUGGAUUUUGUUUCUUCUUAUUUAAGUAUAUAUAUAUUGAUGAUUUGGCUUCUUCCUUGUGCUCAUGCAAUAGGAAAGCCUUAAAAACACUGUGCCUUAAUCCCUAAUCAUAGCGUUUUAUAUUCCAAUUUGAGGUUUGUCAUUAACGGUAAUUAACAUAAUGACACGAAUAGUGGCAGAGAUAGAGCUCCAUUCUGUGUUAGCAAUGUUUGAACGCAGCACAUGUGCCUGUUUUCAUAUAGCUCUCUGAUGUUUUAAUACCACCUGGAUAGACUUUCGCUUAAAUGCCUUUUGUUUUCUCUCUCUCUUUCUUUAAACAGGUCGGUAAAAUACACUGUUCUUACACUGUCAUUUAAUGUAUUUCAAAAACACAUCCGUUGAAUUUGCAUUUUGCAGUUUUUUUGUGUGUUUUUUUUUUUUUGCAUUGUCUGUUUUGUAAAGUAUUAAACGAAGAGAGCUUCA